AUGAAAAAAGGAUAUGGCCAUGCAGCCCCCAGCACAAACAGAGGGAAGGCCUUCUGCAUCCUGUACGCCCUCCUCGGCAUCCCUCUCACCUUAGUUAUGUUUCAAAGUGUGGGUGAGCGGAUCAACACCUUUGUCAGGAUCCUGCUCCACCGCCUGAAAAAGUGCCUCGGAAUGAGGCGCACCGAGGUCUCCAUGGUCAACAUGGUGAUCAUUGGUUUCAUAUCCUGCAUGAGCACAUUAGGUGUGGGGGCAGUGGCCUUCUCCCACUUUGAGGGAUGGAGCUUCUUCCAUGCUUUCUACUACUGCUUCAUCACCCUCACCACCAUCGGAUUUGGGGACUAUGUGGCGUUGCAAAGUGAACAGGCCCUGCAGAACAAGCUCGACUAUGUUGCCUUCAGCUUCAUCUACAUCCUGACAGGUCUGGCUGUGAUCGGAGCCUUCCUUAACCUAGCGGUGCUGCGAUUCAUGACUAUGAAUGCGGAGGACGAGAAGAGGGACGCGGAGCAGAGGGCUCUUCUCGCCCACAACGGUCAGGCAGGUGGACACAUCAACUGCUCCGUUGACCCAGUCUCUCCCUCCUCCUCGCCGUCUGGGUGUGGCGGAGGGAGCGCAGUCGGAGGGAGCAGCAACGGAGCAGCGAGCCGCGGCCUGCGAAACGUUUAUGCGGAGGUGCUCCACUUCCAGUCCAUGUGCUCCUGUCUUUGGUACAAGAGCAGAGAGAAGCUGCAGUAUUCCAUCCCCAUGAUCAUCCCACGCGACCUCUCCACCUCAGACACCUACAUGGAGCAAGGGGAGGCGUUCUCCAACCCCCUCCACUCCAAUGGCUGCGUGUGCAGCCUGCAGCGCCAUUCCGGCAUCAGCUCAGUGUCCACCGGCCUGCACAACCUCAACACUUACCGAAGACUCAAACGCAGAAGCUCCAUCUGA